AUGAGCUCAUGGGCAGGCCCAGGCUCCAGCCCCCUCUCCCAGGCAGGCAGGCCCAGGUUCCAGCCCCCAGACAGGCAGGCCCAGGCUCCAGCCCCCAGACAGGCCCAGGCUCCAGCCCCCAGACAGGCCCAGGCUCCAGCCCCCAGACAGGCCCAGGCUCCAGCCCCCAGACAGGCCCAGGCUCCAGCCCCCAGACAGGCCCAGGCUCCAGCCCCCAGACAGGCCCAGGCUCCAGCCCCCUCUCCCACGCAGGCCCAGGCUCCAGCCCCCUCUCCCACGCAGGCCCAGGCUCCAACCCCCUCUCCCACGCAGGCCCAGGCUCCAACCCCCUCUCCCACGCAGGCCCAGGCUCCAGCCCCCUCUCCCACGCAGGCCCAGGCUCCAGCCCCCUCUCCCACGCAGGCCCAGGCUCCAGCCCCCUCUCCCAGGCAGGCCCAGGCUCCAGCCCCCUCUCCCAGGCAGGCCCAGGCUCCAGCCCCCUCUCCCAGGCAGGCCCAGGCUCCAGCCCCCUCUCCCAGGCAGGCCCAGGCUCCAGCCCCCUCUCCCAGGCAGGCCCAGGCUCCAGCCCCCUCUCCCAGGCAGGCCCAGGCUCCAGCCCCCUCUCCCAGGCAGGCCCAGGCUCCAGCCCCCUCUCCCAGGCAGGCCCAGGCUCCAGCCCCCUCUCCCAGGCAGGCCCAGGCUCCAGCCCCCUCUCCCAGGCAGGCCCAGGCUCCAGCCCCCUCUCCCAGGCAGGCCCAGGCUCCAGCCCCCAGGCAGGCCCAGGCUCCAGCCCCCAGGCAGGCCCAGGCUCCAGCCCCCAGGCAGGCCCAGGCUCCAGCCCCCUCUCUCAGGCAGGCCCAGGCUCCAGCGUCCUCUCUCAGGCAGGCCCAGGCUCCAGCGUCCUCUCCUGAAACAGAAGUGCUCUCCCAGGCAGGCAGGCCCAACAUAGGGGAGGUUUAA